AUGCAGUCUUCCGGGUCCCUUAUGACUAUGGAAGAGAAUAAAAAGAUGGAGAAGUGCUCUGAAUGUGAAGGGCAGAAAAAGAAAUCAUUAUCUCUCCUCACACGAGAGUCAGUGCCCUAUGCAUCUCACUAUUGUGAAGAAAAUACGUAUAAACUCAUUGAAAUCCUUUUUGAAAACUAUACAGUAUCUGAUCAGGAUGUUUUUGCUGUUUUUGUGAGUAACAGGGAAAAAAAAACACCUGUAUGGAUGCAACGUCUUGGUAGAAAUGAAGAAAAUGAUAAUAUUGACACAAAAAAUCCUCUUGUAUGGGAUUAUCACGUUUUUGUUCUUGUUAUCACUACUACAGGGAGAAAAUUAGUAUUUGAUUAUGAUUCUAUCUUGCCAUUUCCAUCUCUAGCAGAGGAAUAUGUGAUGAAAGCUUUUCGACCAUAUAUGCAAUUACGUGAGGAGUAUCAACAAUGGUUUCGUGUUAUUCCUGGUCGAUUAUAUUUAGAUUAUUUUUCAUCUGAUCGUUCACACAUGGAUACAUCAGAUAUACCACCUCCUCCUUGGCCUCUUAUUCGUGGUAAACUAGCAGUGAAGGAGAUGCAACUUCCAUUAUAUUGGGAUAUGUUACCUGUUGUUGAGGGAAAAGAGUCAGGAGAUAAUUCUUCUUUUCUAGGUAAAGUAAUGAAUAUAGCCGAAUUUACGUCUUUUGUAGGCUUAUCAAGAAAAAAGGGUUGA